GGGGAGAGAGAGAACCAGAUUGAAAACAUACCAGCCUGGCGUCUCAAUACCACAUUUCUGACGAAGAACGAACCACCCUCAAACCUUUUAGACCUCUUCAGGCUACAAAGUUCGAUAUCGUGCAAUGUUUUCUUAGUAAGGGAGGAUCGAUUUCAAAAACUUGUUUCGUUUAUUCUCGGUGAUGGAUUGUAAAAAGUUGAGUCGACACACAUAAAGUCUUACGGUGAACUUUUUGAGAAGUUGGGAAGAGGAAUGUAGUUAGUCUUGAUCGUGUUUAGGCUACUAGAAUAUAACUUAUGGAUUUCAUCCUUGCAUCGGAAGGAGUUUGUUACUUCUUGCUUUUUGACCGAGAAAGUUUGACCUAACGGUAAUCUUCGAUCGCGUUGCUUGUACAGAACUAGUGGGCAAACAGAACCGAGGGAGACGCACCGGGUCAGACCAUACCGACCACAGGCAUCACCACUGAGAGCUUCUGAUGUCCAGAAUGGAGACCUCUGCCCCGACGACCACAGAGAAGAAAGGCUCUGGACUGGAUGGAAACGGCUUCACUGGCCUCCCGAGGAAACUCUCACCUUCAGCUGUCACCAGAGCCCCGCACCACGUCUUCCCGACGUUCCACACGCCCAUCCCGAUUGACAUGCGUCACCACGAUGGAAGAUAUCACUAUGAACCCCACACCCUACAUGCCAUGCAUGGUCCUGGACUAGGUGGCAGCCCGGUCAUGUCAGACAUCUCUCUGAUCCGUCUGUCCCCCCACGCAGCCGGGACAGGGGAGUCCCCCUUCAGCCCCGCUCACCCCUACUUCAACCCUCACAUGGGGCACUACCUCCGCUCCAUUCACAGCAGCCCAACCCUGUCCAUGAUCUCUGCGGCCCGCGGACUCAGCCCUGCAGACUUGGCGCAUGAACACUUGAAAGAGCGGGGUCUGUUUGGGUUUCCCCCUCCCCCUCCUGGAGCCAGCCCUGCUGAGUACUACCACCUGAUGACCAGCCAUCGUAACCCCUACGGAGAGCUGCUGAUGCAGGGGGGUGCGGCGGCAGCUGCACACCUGCCAGACUACAUCACCCCCAUGGAUGCGUCACGGUUCCCCAGUCCCAGACUGACCCCCAGGCUGAACAGAAAGCGAGCCCUGUCCAUCUCGCCUCUCUCAGACGCCAGCAUCGACCUGCAGACCAUGAUCCGUACCUCGCCCAACUCUCUGGUGGCCUACAUCAACAACUCACGCUCCAGCUCUGCAGCUAGCAGCUCCUACGGACACCUCUCUGUUGGAGGCAUCAGUCCGUCCUUUACCUUCCCCCAUCACAUCAACCCCAUGGCCUACCAGCAGCUCCUGUCCCAGCAGAGAGGCCUGAGUGUGUUCGGCCACACCCCUCCUCUCAUCCAGCCCCCACCCAUCUUCUCCAGUCGCCAGUCUGCCCUGGGUCUCUCCUCUCUGCCCCCCGCCUCACACAACCACAACAAUGGCUCACAGUCAAAGAACACAUGUGGGGACUCGGCAGUGAGCAGUACAGUCAAUCCCAUGAUCACCAAGAGGUCAAAGGUGAAGACAGAGGUGGAGUAUCCGAGGCCGCUGUCCCCAUGCUCUCCGGAUCAUCUAGGUGGGAUGCUGGGCCUGAAGGAGGACUUGGAUAAAGAUGAAUGCAAGCAUGAGCCAGAGAUGGUGUAUGAGACCAACUGCCACUGGGAAGGAUGCUCCAAGGAGUACGACACGCAGGAACAACUGGUCCAUCACAUCAACAACGACCACAUCCACGGGGAGAAGAAGGAGUUUGUGUGCCGCUGGGAUGAGUGUUCCAGGGAGCAGAAGCCUUUUAAGGCCCAGUACAUGCUGGUGGUUCACAUGAGGAGACACACGGGGGAGAAGCCACACAAGUGUACCUUUGAGGGCUGCUGUAAGGCCUAUUCUCGCCUGGAGAAUCUGAAGACCCACCUGCGAUCUCACACCGGGGAAAAACCAUAUGUGUGUGACCACGAGGGAUGCAACAAAGCCUUCUCCAAUGCCUCGGACAGAGCCAAGCACCAGAAUCGCACACACUCCAACGAGAAACCCUACGUGUGUAAAGUCCCCGGCUGUACGAAGCGCUACACGGACCCCAGCUCUCUCAGGAAGCACGUGAAGACAGUCCACGGACCAGAGGCCCACGUCACCAAGAAACAGCGCAGCGACCUGCCGCCCAGCAGACCCGUUCCACCCAAAGAGAAUGGAGAGAACGAGACAGGCCGGGGCACGGAGGAGAAGAUGGACAGCACCUCGAGAGGCAUGGAGGACUACCUGCAGGUCAAGUCUAUCAAGACGGAGAAGUCUGUGAUGUAUCAGUCCAGCCCUGGUGGUCAGUCGUCAUGUAGCAGCGAGCCGUCGCCACUUGGCAGUUCCACCAACCAUGACAGUGGAGUAGAGAUGGCCCUCCACAGCGGCGGGGGCAGCAUGGGGGACCUGACUGGACUGGACGACCCCUCGGGGCCCCUCAUGGACUCCUCCUUCUCUGGCCUCUCGUCUGGGACAGCAGGGGUCGGGGUGGGCCUCCACCUACGUCAACACCUAGGCCUCAGCCACAUCCAUGGACUAGAACACCUGAAGAAGGAGAAACUGAAGACGGCGAGGGACUCCUGCCAGUGGGCCAAACAUUAUCCAGCUCCUCCAGUCCAGAACACCAAGCUACCGCCCAUACCAGCAAGCGGGUCCCUUUUGGAGAGUGGAAAUAUGUGUGGCGGGCCUGGAUCGUUCAGCCUCAGUGAGCUGUGUUCCAGUAAGGUGACUGUCCUGAACCAGCUGGACCAUCUGAUGGAGCGCAGGGACAGCGCCACCAGCACCAUCUCCUCUGCCUACAUCAGCCGCCGCUCCUCUGGCAUCUCCCCCUGCUACUCCAGCCGCUGCUCCAGCGACGCCUCCGCGUUUAGUGGCCACCACAACAUCAGCUCCACCGGCUCCUACGACCCCAUCUCUGCAGACCUGUCCCGCCGCUCCAGCGACGCCAGCCAGUGUGGGGGUGGUGGAGGAGGGGGACGGCUGCCCAGUCACCUCAGCCUCACCCCCGCCCAGCACUACCACCUCAAGGCGAAAUAUGCGGCGGCUACAGGCGGAGCCCCACCCACACCUUUACCCAACAUGGAGAGGAUGAGUCUCAAGACCUGCUUGGCCCUCUACAGGGACGCUUCCCAGGGAGACUCGUCGUCUUGUUACUCCUCCUUCGACCCCGUUGUCCCCAGUGGGGUUCCCAGGCGCUGCAGUGGCGAUAUGGGAAACUAUAACGGCCGCAGCAUGAUGCCCCACGAAGCUCCGUCCAACAUUCCCCGUCGGGCUAGCGACCCCGUCCCCCGGCGGCCGUCCCUGGACCCGCUGUCCCCGCUGUCCCAUCAGCCUCAGGUGCAGCACUACAACAGCACGGGCAACAUGCAGAACCUCCACCCACACGCCUCCCUGCCGAACCAGGCCCUGUCUGCAGCCGAGCGGCGCCACCUGGUGCUCCAGAGCCACCAACCGCACUCCGACGACAGCCUGCAGCGAUACCCCUACUGCCCCCGGCCGCCCAGCAUCUCUGAGAACGUGGCCAUGGAGACCAUGGCCGGCGAUAUGAGCGGUAGACGCAACAGCAGUGAGGAGGAGAUGAUGGUACUUCCGGAUGACGUCGUUCACUACAUCACCGCUCAGGGCGGAGCUGGUGAGUCAGACUGUGCCAGGUACAACCGACAAGCACAAUGUGGUUUCCGUGGAAACACAAUAAACCCUAACCCCCAGCAACAACAGCAGUUUUACCACCAGGGAAGGAUGGCUAUGAGUAUGAACCCUUCGUCUGCACCACAAACCAAGCGCCUCUCCUGUGCCCUAAGCCCAGGCCAUCCGAAGCAGUCUUUCCCCUCCUCACUCAGCAAGACGAGCACCAUGCCGGUACAGUGGAAUGAGGUCAGCUCAGGGACUGUGGAAGCUCUUCACAACCCAACCCAACAUCUGCCGUUCGGUCGAAGCAACUCAAACCUCGCCAUGGUCCAACAGAAACAGAACUUUGUCUCAUUCCAGAAGCAGAAUCUUAACUCCAACCAACACAUUGCACAGAUUAACCACAACCUGCCUCAUGCAGCCCAGCAGGGGAGAUACAUACAGCAGCAGAAGACAGACUCCAGGCUGGGCUGUGUCCAGCAACAGAGCCUACAGCAACAGCAGCCCGCUAAUGCUAACCUCAAUGAACGAGUGAGACUUGAGUAUGGGUUUAACCAGGGUCUUGGUCCUAUUGAUGCUAACGCUAACCAGCGGUCCUCCUGUAGUAGUAUGGCAGUUGGUGGCACAGUGCACAGUGUAGACACGCAGAACAGCCGACUGAGGACGCAGCCAGGGGGGAGUCAAUCGUCUCAAGUCACAUUUAAGGAUAGCGGUGUGAAUUCUUCGCGGAUGAUCUCACAUCAACAGAAAUAUAAUAUAGCGUCCCAGGUUCAGCAUCCUAUACAGAAUGGAGGUCAAAUACAUCAGCCACGACCACCCACAGAACAUAAGUCUCUAAGCAGACAGCAUUCAGGGUCAAUGACAAUCCAGCGACAAAACUCAAUUGGCAAUCACUGCAGCAAUGGCAACAACACAGACAACAAUGUUAUGUUCUACACAGGACAGAUACACGUGUUUGGGCCAAACGGGAACGUCAACAUGCAGAUGAUGACAUCACCAGUAGUGGAUGUUCUUCAAUGUCCCUCAGACAGUACUGAGACCUCCAUGACCUCACCGGGAGUAAACAACCAGGUCUCCAGUACGGUGGACUCGUCCAAUGGGACAGGGGCAGAGGAGCCCCAGAUUGACUUUGACACCAUGCUGGAUGACGGGGACCACUCCAGCCUGAUGUCAGGCACCAUCAGCCCCAGUAUCCUCCAGAGUCUGUCCCAGACCUCCUCCAGACUCACCACCCCCCGGAACUCUGUCACCCUGCCCUCCCUGCCCCUCCCUGCAGGGGGCAGCAACAUGGCCAUCGGCGAUAUGAGCUCCCUGCUCACCGCGCUUGCAGAAGAGAACAAGUUCCUCAGCAUGAUGUCACAAGGAUGAUCCCAAAUACGCUGAAGGCAGACACAGGUAAAGCACACGGUACCUACCUUGGUGUAUUUGGCCCAGGACGUGUGUUAAAAGAAGUGACCUAUUGUAACCCAAGCUCUAAGAACGAUAGUUUAUCUGCCACCAAGAGUUUAAACUGGCUGUGUGAAUGACACGAGGGGAACCUACUAGUUAACAUUGUUGCAGAGGUCCUCCUGACCAUGUGAUUGAACACUAAGCACCUCAUUGGAGAACUUUGACGACCACCAGAGACUAAGGAACCUCUGAGAUUCUGAAGACUUCAUGCUGAAACACCACUAUGUUUGUGCUACUUAUUGUAUUGUCCUGUACAGUAUCAUUAUGGAGCUAAUAUGGCGAUUUCAUAUCUAUUGAGAAGCCAUAUGUUGCCUUAGAUGAGUAAGUAAGUACAAUGUAAUCCACAGCACAAUUCUGUUAAUGUUGUACAUGAGAUAGUGUACAGUUCUGCAGUAAAACAAGUUUACCAAGUGCCUGGCUAUGCCGCAGAAUAUGCAAGACACGCAUAUGACACAGAUCGCAUUGAAGUGCAACCAGAUACCGCUUUGGGGAUUUUUCUAUCAUUUAGUUAUUUAAAGACACACAUAUAUGUCAAUUGUGUAAAUGACUUGAUCUAAAAAAAAACUACGAUUUGAUUCUUUCUCUCUGAUCUUAUCUGAAACUCAUUCAUCUGUGCAGAUUAGAUUUUUUUCUUCUUCUGUCAGUGAAGUUGCAGCAACAAAAGAAUCUGGGAGAAAAAUGAUUCAAUCAUUCAAUAGAGUCUAUUUAGUCAUGUCAGGUCUACUUCCACACAGUGAGCCGUCGUCUUAUUUGUCUGCCGCGUUGAGUUGGACUAUUGAGAUGAACAGUGACGUCUCAGUGUCGGGGACAAGUUGUGGCUGGAAUUAAGCAACCAUUUCUGAAGAAUAUGCAAACGCUUGAUAUGAUACAUAUUCUGGGGGUGACAACGUUGCUAUUAACUCUUGGUGAUGAAUUAGGAAAAAUCUAAACGGGAAAGAGAAUCCUCCUUUUCGGUGUCAAAUGACUUUUUCUCCAGUGCCGCCCUUGAUGAUGACGAGGAUACUAAGAUAUCAUAGUGUAUUAGGAAUCUACGUUUUGUUUUUGUACACUGCCAUGCAACUCUGUUGUGUUGGAUAUGUAUAUAUCUUUUGUACAUUUUUAUGAAAUACAAUAUUGUUUUUGUUGUUGUUUUUUUUUA